CGGUGAUGGUGACUUGUCAAAAUUUAUAAAAAUCACUUGAAGCGGAGGAGAGUCACUGUGAUUGUUUCAUUUUAGAAGAAAUUAACGAAAACAGAAUCAAAAUGACGGUGAAAAAUAAAACUGAAGAGCCGAAAAAAGAGAAAGCAGAACCUGCAGCUGCGCCUAAUGAUGAUUUGUCUGAAGAAGACAAACGCCUGCAAGAAGAACUCAAUAUGUUGGUCGAGAAACUCUUGGGAGAAGAUGUCGAUCUAUAUCUGCCGGCGUUGCAAAUGUUGAGCAAACUUAUAAGGACCUCAACAACAUCAAUGACUUCAGUCCCUAAACCCUUGAAGUUCCUGAGGGAGCAUUACCCUUCACUCAAGAUAGUGUAUGAAAAAAUUCAAGAUGCUCAGACAAAGAAGUUCUGUGCUGAUGUUGUUUCAGUGCUUGCUAUGGGUGUCAGUGGAACCACUGAUGCUGCAGAGAAAAGAGAAUGCCUUAAGUACUGCCUUCUUGGAACUAUGUCAAAUGUAGGAGAUUGGGGACAUGAAUAUGUCAGACAACUUGAGGGUGAGAUUGCUGAAGAGUGGAAUGUAGAGAAUAUGGACUCCUUACUGAACCUCGUUAGAGAUGUGAUCUCCUUCGACAUGAAGCACUCUGCUGAGAUCCAGGCCUGUGACCUGUUGAUGGAAAUUGAUCGCUUGGAUCUGCUCACCCAGCAUAUGGAUCAAAGCAACUAUCCUAGAGUAUGCUUAUAUUUAAUUGGAUGUGCCAGCUAUGUUGUUGAGCCAGAAUCCACACAGAUCCUGCAAGGAGUUUUGGAUACAUACCUGAGGUUUGGUGAAUACCCACGAGCCUUGCUUGUGUCCAUGCAAUUACAUGAUAAGGCUAAAUGUGAAGAAGUCUUCAACUCUUGCACAGAUCCGUUGAUCAAGAAACAACUGUGCUAUAUGUUGGCGCGUCAGUAUAUUCCCCUGGAAGUGGAUGAUGAGGACCUCCGCACAAUUCUCCUCAAUGCACACAUCAAUGACCACUUCCUUAGCCUGGCUAGAGAGCUCGACAUCAUGGAGCCCAAGACUCCCGAGGAGGUUUACAAAACGUGGCUGGAGUCGGCCGGUUCGGCUCUACGCCCCUCUCUACUGACGGAGCACCCAGUGGACUCCGCCAGACAGAACCUAUCAGCUACCUUUGUGAACGCUUUCGUUAACGCUGGUUUUGGUCGCGAUAAACUCGUCACUACUGAAGACGGCAACAAAUGGAUGUACAAGAACAAAGAUCACGGCAUGUUAUCAGCAGCAGCAUCCCUGGGUAUGAUCCACUUAUGGGACGUGGAUGGUGGUCUGACCCCCAUCGACAAGUACCUGUAUACUGCCGACGAGCACAUUAAGGCGGGCGCAUUGCUCGCGUUAGGAUUGGUCAACUGCGGCGUUCGCAACGAGUGUGAUCCAGCGCUUGCGCUUCUGUCGGAUUAUGUUCUACAUUCAAGUUCCAACCUUCGGAUUGGCAGUGUUUUGGGUCUGGGUAUCGCAUACGCGGGUACACAGCGCGAAGACGUGCUCUCCCACUUGCUGCCCGUGCUCAGCGACACGGCGGCGCCCGCCGAAAUCUGCGCCCUCGCCGCCGUCUCCUGCGGACUCAUCGCUGUAGGGUCCUGUAAUGGCGAUGUCACAUGCGCUAUCAUCCAACGUCUUAUUGACGACAACAAGGACUUGCAUUCGUCUACUUACGCCAGAUUCUUGCAUUUGGGACUGGGAUUAUGUUUCUUGGGCUGCAAGGAGCGCACGGAGGCGACGAUGGCGGCGCUGGAGGUGCUGCCCGAGCCGCAGCAGUCGCUGUGCCAGACCACGCUCUCCAUGUGCGCCUACGCCGGCACCGGCGACGUGCUCGUCGUGCAGCAGAUGCUGCACAUCUGCUCCAAGCAUUACGAUACCGAUAAUGAGCAACAGUCGACUGAGGACACAGCAUUCAAGAAGCAAGACAAGAAAGAGGCUAAGGAGAGCUCCAGCACCACCUCGGCCGGCAGCUCCAAGGAUGAUAAGAGCUCUAAAGGCAAAUCAUCAAAAGACAGCAAAAGCAAGGAGAAGGAAAAGGAGAAGGAGGCGAACAAGGAGUUGUCGUCAGUGCAGGCCGUCGCCACGCUUGGCGUCGCCGUCAUCGCGCUCGCUGAGGAGACCGGCGCUGAGAUGUGCACCAGGAUAUUCGGACAGCUGGGUCGUUACGGCGAGCCGGCAGUUCGCCGCGCGGUGCCGCUGGCCAUCGCGCUGUGUUCCAUCUCGAACCCGCAGCUGGCCGUCAUCGACGUUCUCAACAAGUAUUCUCACGACUCCGACAAUGAUGUCGCUUACAAUGCCAUCUUCGCUAUGGGACUCGUCGGCGCUGGUACUAAUAAUGCAAGGCUGGCGACCAUGCUGCGAGCAUUAGCGCUGUACCACGGCAAGUCGCCGGUGCACCUGUUCAUGGUGCGGCUGGCGCAGGGGCUGUGCCACGCCGGCAAGGGCACCGUCACGCUGUGCCCCACGCACGCCGACCGCCGCCUCAUCAACCAGCCCGCGCUCGCCGGCCUGCUCGUAGUGCUUACCGCCUUCUUGGACUGUAAGAACAUUAUUCUGGGCAAGUCUCACUACUUGCUAUACGUGUUGGCGACGGCGAUGCAACCCCGUUGGUUGGUGACGCUCGACGAGAACCUUCAGCCCUUGAACGUGAGCGUACGCGUCGGCCAGGCUGUCGACGUUAUCGGUAAGGCUGGUACUCCGAAGACGAUCGCCGGGUCUCACACACACACGACGCCCGUGCUGCUGUCGUUUGGCGAGCGCGCUGAACUCGCCACCGACGAAUACAUCCCCCUGUCGCCCGUCAUGGAGGGCUUCGUCAUACUCAAGAAGAACGAGGACAGCGUUAUGGCACCGGUCCAAUAAACCUAGCAUUAAUCUUUAGAAUUAAUUAACAUUUAUCUGUAUUCUUUUCCAGUUCUAAUAAAAUUUUGAGAACUA